GAGAGAGAGAGAGAAGGGGGGGGCUUGUCGCUGCAGGCGUUACUGAACACAAUCCAGAGAGCACAGAGAGAGAGGAGGGGUAGCAGCAAACAGCAUCACUCCGAAGAGAGGAGAGGAGAACGGCGUAGAGAGAGAAGGAGAAGCUGACCAGUAAGACAAAGAGGUGAUUUUGUUUUGACCACUGUUAGUUAGGAGUUUAAUAAAGAGGAAGGAGACUGAGCUAUCAAGGCUGAGUAAGAGAGAGAAAGGGAAAGGGAAUCAAGAGAGGCAAAAGAGAGAGAAAAAGAGGAGUAGAGAUCCUGUAAUCUGCUUGGCAUGCGAGUGUGUCCCCGGCUGGUUGGCACUGCAUGCAGCGGCCGGCGUGUGAGUGAGUGCGGGCGAACGGUGGGACAGUUUGGACUGGAAUGUGUCUCAGCUAACCUCAGGAGAGUUCAGGGAACAUUUACCUCACCAUGCUGGGGAAGGACUACAUGCUCGCCAUCAUCAUAGUCAAUUAUGACGAUGAUAUCUGGAAUGAUCAGAGUUUAGCGUUGGACUCUGACCUGCCUCCAGGAUGGCGCACCAUACGGGACAGCUCCGGCACCUACUACUGGCAUGUGCCCUCCGGCACCACACAGUGGCAGCACCCCUCAUUCAGCACAGAGGAGGAACACAACACCAUCGACGGACUCACAGCCAACCAGCUCAAAAGUGAUGGAGCAGAUGGCAGGCGUGAGUCCAGAGGCAGGCUAACAGAAAGGCCCAUGACCUCACUCAGUGACCAAGUGUCCUGGCAGGAAGAGUACUUCUGCACCAACAUGGACCCAGACUCCAAGUGUUUUGCGGUACGCUCGCUGGGCUGGGUGGAGAUACCCGAAGAAGAACUGGCUCCAGGGAAGAGCAGCUUAGCGGUCAAUAACUGCAUUCAGCAGCUCUCUCACAGCAAGGCUGAGGGGCGUGACGCUGUGGGCGCCUGGGGAGAGGGUCAGGAUAUGAUGAUGGUUCUGAAGAAGGACACACUCAGCCUCCUGGACCCUGUAGACCGCAGUCUCAUCCAUUGCCAGCCCAUCAUCAACAUCCGAGUGUGGGGGGUGGGCUGCAACAGUGGCAGAGACAGGGAUUUUGCCUUCGUGGCCAGUGAUAAGGACACCUGCAUGCUGAAGUGUCACGUGUUCCGGUGCAACGCACCUGCCAAGACCAUCGCCACUGCCCUGCACGAGAUGUGCUCCAAGAUCAUGGCAGAGAAAGCAGCGAUCCACCCAUCUAUGGCACGCUCAGUUACAAUGGAGAGUAUCUCCCCUGAGGACCUACCUCAUCAAGUCAAUUUCCUGGAUGCAGUGAGGCAGAGGGUUCAGAAAUUUGACGUGGAGUACAUUGGGAAUCUACCUGUCUCCAGAGCAAUGGGGAUGGAGGUGCUGAACAGAGCCAUUGAAAGCAUCAUGCACUCCAGAGACAGGGAUGAGUGGGAGCCCAUUGUCAUCCGUGUGUCAGACACACUGCUGUCUCUAUGGAGAGGAGAGGAUGGUGAGGACCCUUUCUGGGAAUGCCAAGUGCGCUACUUGACCUUUCUUGGUGUCGGUCAUGACACACACACAUUUGCAGUGAUAGUGGACGCCGGCACACAGCGCUUUGAGUGUCACGUCUUCUGGUGUGAACCUGAUGCUGGGAUCAUAUCCGAGGCAGUGCAGGCUGCAUGCAUGGUCCAGUACCAGAAGUGCUUGGUCGCUCAGACCCCACCCUUGAGGUCGAAAAUGUGGCGAGCUGGCUCCAAAGUCAAACGCGCCAACUCCAUGGACGGUGCCACCUUUCCGCCCUGUCACCAAGGACACACGACACCUAAAAUGGCCUCCUCUAGUGUAAAGAAGGGCAUGCUGGCAUUUUUUGAGACGUUCAGAAAUAAACCAUCCGCGGUGCCUGCGCCCUAGCAACAGAGCUCAGGGGAGGGCUGGGGGAGGGCAUGAUGGGUUUUGGGGGGGUGGCAUGAGGAGGACAGGAAUGAAAAUAGAAAAGAGAAGGAGAAAAGCGAAAGGAAUUAUCCAGUUAUCUGAAGCCAGCUUUUGGUUUCAUUUUAUGUUUAAAAAAACUGUUUACUUUCCCCAGGACAACCUUAACAGUACACGGAAAAACCCGACUACACCGGUCUCUCCUGCAAGUACUGUGUUUGUGUGAAUAUACAUAUCUGAUUACAGGUUGGUGGAACAUCUGUUACAGGAGAACAUUGAGGUGCUGUGCUCUCACAUUCCACUCGUGUUGAGGGACAACCAACCCAGAUAAGUGUUGUCUUUUUUUAAUGACUCCCCUAGGAAAGUCUUAAUCCUAUUAGAACAGAAACCUUGAGAAUGGUAUUAAUGUAGAUCAAGUGGCAACUUCAGCACUGCAACUACCUGCACCAAUGUUAGAAAUUUAGCAAAAAUGUAUCCCACCACCAGAAAAGAUCUAGAUCCCACUGCUGUAGAGCAUCAAUCCUGGGAACAACAGGAUAUUGUGCAAUAAUGUGUCCAUCAGAACUGAUUCUCAGUAUGUGACUUCUUCUUGAUACGUAUCAAUGUAUAGACUAGCGACCUAAUUCUGCUAUGAUAAAUGUUUUAGAGGUUAGAGAUUUUCUGUUUAGGCCUCUCUUGUGUUCAAACAGUGGCUCGUGUUCAAAUAGAGGAGCUUUCGCUUCUGUUGGCUUGAUAACUGUCAUCCUGCUUUUAUAAAGGAUGACAUCCGCUGUUCUGACACAUUGCCACCUCAGAUAGCAAAUCAGACUAAUCACAUGGAACACUCCUAAAUAUCCCUCAGCCAAUGAGAGGUUGAUUGACACCACGUUUAAUGUUCCACUGCAACCAAAUCCGUGGUAUGGCCCGUGUGCUAUUUCUGGAGGAGACAGUGUUUUGAACACGUUUUUUUCAACUUGCUUACAGAUAUUGGGAAAAAAUCUCCAAAAAUGAAUAAAGGUCAAAGAAAGCAUUGUUUGAUCAGAUUUCUGUUGCUAAUUAUCCCUGAAGUUUAGGCACAGUUGCAUGAUUUUGUACAUGCUUGAGAAUGCAAGGCUUUGCAAUGGGAACCUUUAAAAUCCAAUUAUAGAGAUUUACCGGUUAUGGCCAAGGAAUAACUUGGAUAUGUUACAAUAAUGAACCGUAGCUGGCACGAGUCAAACACUUGAUACAAUCAUGUUAAACACCAAAAACUAAAACGCUGAAUAUUGAACUAUUGUACUUUGGCAAAGUAAAAAACCUUGACCUUUUCCACCUCCACAAACUGAAUGUAUAAAAUAGGCUUUCUGAGGGCACUUGACCUUCACGCAUGUCGAUUUGAGAUGUCACUCAGCCACUUGUAUGCCCACUGGAAUGGCACUAUGGAAAAGUUGUGAUGCUACAACUUAUAUAUGCAACUGCUCCUUUCCCUUAAAAAAAUCUUGUGUUAUAUGACAAACCAACUCAGGUCUCCUUAAUGCUAAGACACCAGUGGAAACUUGUAGGAAUGGAAAACACUUCCAGCAUGUAAGACCUUCGUUCAUUGAGAAGCCUUGUCAAGAGAAUUUUUCAGAGAUACUGUCAUUAAACUGGUCAUGUAGCUCUUUAUACUCUCUGUAAAGAAAUCUCCCUCUUAUAUAUUUGCAGUUAUUUAGCACAGAAAUAGGAUGUCAUGUAUAAUUGGAGUUGUUUUUUUAUUGUUAUUGAUAUUAAGUUGAUAGUAUUUUUCGCACUGAUGUACCAAACUGGAUUACACUUGUAGUGGUUUGGGUUGGGACAAUAAAACUGCUUGAACCUCUU